UCGCGCCCAGUUGUGGUUGGAUUUGUGGACUUUGCGCUGCUUGUCAACGUGGGGAUGCCGUUCCGGAGCGUGUGAAAGUGCCUGCAGCUGUAGUGCUUGCUAUGCCGCGGAGUCUCAUGUCCAGCGAGGAGGAGAUGGCUCAGAGUUUCUCCGACUCAGGCAGCUCGGACUCGGACAGCUUGAGAGACGAGCGGCUGUGUGUGGAACGACCGAGUAGCAGCCGCAGUGACUCUUUACUCAUUUGCGUGGUUAUUCCUGAUCUGCAGCAGUCUAGAUCCAUGAGGUUCAAGGCUGACUGUACGGUCUGGGCAGCCAAACAGCAGAUCCUCUGCACGCUCACACAGAGUCUGAGAGACGUGUUGAACUAUGGCCUCUUUCAGCCGGCUGUGGAUGGGAGAGAGAGCACCUUCCUGGAGGAGGAGAAGCUCCUGCGAGAUCAUUCGUUCCCCACCAGCAAGGACGAGCCCACCCUCGAGUUUCGCUACAAGAGCCGAGUGUACCAGCAUGCCAACGUCAAUGAAAAGCAGAUUGAAAAGCUUCAUACGCAGGCCAACCUGAAGAAGUUUCUAGAAUACAUUCAGCAUCAUCAGGUGGAUAAAGUGACAAAGCUGCUGGAACGAGGUCUCGACCCCAACUACCAUGACUCAGACACCGGAGAGACUCCUCUGACACUGGCUGCCCAUCUGGACAACAUGGUGGAGAUGAUAACAGCGCUGAAGAAUGGAGGAGCUCAUUUAGAUUUCCGCUCUCGGGAUGGCAUGACUGCGCUGCAUAAAGCUGUCCGAGCCAAGAACCAGAUCGCUCUUAAGGCCAUGCUGGAAUUGGGAGCAUCUCCGGAUUAUAAGGAUGGUCAGGGUCUGACUCCACUCUACCACACUGUGACUGUAGGGGGUGACCCAAGCUGCUGUGAGCAGUUACUACGUGCUCAAGCCUCUUUGACCUGCCACGACGAGAACGGCUGGCACGAAAUCCACCAGGCUUGUCGAUAUGGUCACGUCCAGCACUUGGAGCAUCUCCUGUUUUACGGAGCUGACAUGCGUGUCCAGAACGCUUCUGGGAACACAGCACUUCAUAUCUGUGCCCUCUACAAACAGGAGAAUUGCGCCAGAGUUUUGCUGCUUCACGGAGCCAGCAAGGAGGUGAAGAACUACCGUGGGCAAACUCCCUUCCAGGUGGCCAUCAUUGCAGGGAACUUUGAGCUGGCAGAGUUCAUAAAGAACCACAAAGACGAUAACAUUGUGCCUUUCCGAGAGGCUCCGGCAGCAGCGGUGGUGAGUUCAGGCAGGAGCAGGCCUCAGCAGGCUCAGACAGGCCGGAGCACUCUGGCCGCACCUCGUGUGCUCCUGCGCUCCAACAGUGACAACAAUCUGAACGUUAACAAGCUCUCGGCGCCACACACGCCCUCACGCUCGCCUUCACCCUCACGCUCGCCGUCGCCUUCACCCCUGCGCAGCCUGUCACCCCGCAGGCCCCAGCAGAUGCAGAACAGCUCCAAUGGCACGGUAAAGAGCAUGGGCCGGGGGGCCAGGCACCCCCCGCGCAGCCGCUCGCCCUCACUGGGCCGCCUGGGGGACGGCGAUGCCCGCAGACACCCGCCCCAGCGCCACAGCAGUCCACGUCCCGGGCGUGAUGGUUUCUCUGGGGCAGAGACUCCGGGGUCCAAGCGUCGGCUGUACAGCGCCGUGCCUGGGAGACACUAUGUGGUGGUAAAGUCUUAUCAACCUCAGGCUGAGGGAGAAAUCGCCCUGUACAAGAACGACAGAGUCAAAGUGUUAAGUGUUGGCGAAGGGGGAUUCUGGGAGGGCAGUGCUCGAGGUAACAUCGGUUGGUUUCCCUCUGAGUGUGUGGAGGAAAUCCCCAACAAACCUAACGAGGACCGACCCUAUGCCCGAGCGGACCGAUCUGAGAGGCGGAAGCUCUUUCGACACUACACCGUGGGAUCGUAUGACAGCUUUGAUGCAUCAAGUGACUGCGUCAUCGACGAGAAGACCGUGGUCCUGCAGAAGAAGGAUAACGAGGGCUUCGGCUUCGUGCUGAGAGGGGCGAAAGCUGACACCCCAAUCGAGGAGUUCACUCCGACCCCAGCCUUCCCCGCCCUGCAAUACCUGGAGUCUGUGGAUGAGGGCGGGGUAGCAUGGCAGGCCGGACUGCGCACCGGAGACUUCCUUAUCGAGGUUAACAAGGACAACGUGGUGAAGGUGGGCCACAAACAGGUGGUUAAUAUGAUCCGUCACGGGGGAAAUCAUCUCAUCAUUAAAGUCGUGACUGUCAGCAGAAAUCUCGACCCUGAUGAUACGGCUCGAAAAAAAGCUCCAGCCCCUCCAAGGAGAGCUCCAUCCACUGCACUUUCCACACGCUCCAAAUCCAUGACCUCAGAACUGGAGGACUUGGUGGAUAAAGAUGAUCAGCUUUCAGAUAUUGUGGCUCAGAAGAAGAGGAUUGUUUUUCACGUCACCCUAAAUAAAGUGGAGGAGGUUGUCCCUCCCCAGAAACCGGUGUGGGACAACGCGAACGUGGACGUGAGGGUGGCAGCUGUUAAACCGCGCCCCACAAGCAGGUGCUUUGCCGUGGCCCCGGAAAUGAAUUCACUGUGCAACAGCCAGGACAUAUCAGUGGAUUCCCCACCGGUAACAGCAACUCCUAAAGGCCCAUUCUUGGGUGUACCAAAAGGAACCAUGCGCCGACAGACAUCGAUAGGGGUAACUGAAGAAGAAAAGCAAUUCCUCACUCCUCCCAUGUUAAAAUUUACAAGAAGCCUAUCAAUGCCUGACACAUCAGAGGACAUUCCCCCACCACCGGCUAUUUCCCCUCCAUCUCCUCCUCACAACAAUACCCCCACACCUGCUGGACAUGGUUAUGGCACAAUCCGACCAGGCUUCACCCCUCAAAGUCCUACUGUGAACAGCGCUCCUUCAGACAGAGGAGACUCAAGCCUUGGUUCUGGUUGGAGAGACCAAGGCAUGUAUUACAGAGAGAACUCUGAACAGUAUGAUGCAGAGGACUUCAGCAACAGUCCAACUGCUCAGCAGAGCCUUCAUAUGCGCCGAGCCCAGAUUCCCGAGAACCCAUACUCAGAUGUUGGCAAAAUGGCUAACGCUGCGCUGUUUGUUCCAAACAAGCCUGCACGGAGAAAGGGCAUGCUUGUAAAACAGUCCAAUGUAGAGGACAGCCCAGAGAAGACCUGCUCCAUCCCCAUACCCACCAUUAUCAUCAAAGAGCCCUCCACCAGCAGCAGCGGAAAGAGCAGCCAGGGCAGCAGUAUGGAGAUAGAGACAACUACACCUGACCACCCAGGCCAACUCCGCCCAGAGGAUAGCCUCAGUACAGGAAGCCCUUUUGCAACUGCCAUGGUUCCCAGUACAGUCAGGGAAAAACGGCUGGCGGUUCACAGAAAUUCCCCGUCUUUCAGAUCCACAGAUGCUGGCGAUGAGGAUGUGGCUCCUACUCCUACCCCUCGUUUGCGGCACUCAAAGUCCAUUGAUGAGGGCAUGUUUAGCAGUGAUGAGCGUCUGCGCCGGCUCAUGGCUCCCCCUUCCUCCCUGCUCAGCAUCCCUCGAGGAGGGGGCAAUGUGACAGACUUCAACAGCCCAGAACCCACCAUGGUGCGGGAGUUACUCAACACUAGGACAGGUCACAGUCCCAUCAGCCUGCCAGCUCACAAGACUUACACCUCAGGGAGCGGGAACUAUGUUCACCCUGUCACCGGAAAACCACUAGACCCUAAUUCUCCAUUAGCCUUAGCAUUAGCUGCCAGAGACCGGGCCAUGAGGGAGCAGUCACAGCCUUUGCCACUCAAGAGUGACCAGUCCAAACUGGACCUCAACAAGCCACUUUUCAUUGACACAAAACUUCGGCCCAAUGUUGAAGUGAGUUUCUCCAGCACUGCCACCAUGGGCAGGCCACGGGGAGGCCUGCGGAGACAGAUGACGGAGUCCAAGUACGAGACUGAGUCCAAAUUCCAGCUGGACCUGGGCAAGGCUGAGAAGAGGCCAGAGGAGAAGAAGAACAUGCUGAUUGACAUUGUGGACACAUCCCAACAGAAGUCAGCAGGGCUGCUAAUGGUUCAUACCACAGAUGGGGCCAAAACUGAGGAGAACAGCCUGUCGGAAGGAGAGAGGGACGAGGAUGUUUGUCCUGACAGCACACCUGGGGAGCUUCGUGAUCCCAACCAGCCAGCUCCUGCAAAGCCUGCACCACCAAAGCCUCUCUCUGCUGUGCCACCAAAAACCAUGAUCUCUGUCAGCUCUGUAGAUGAGCCUGUCAAACUCCCCUUUGGUAUCCCUCCACCACCUCUGGCCUCUGUUGACAUCGAUGAGGAGUUUGUGUUUGCCGAACCCCUGCCUCCACCAUUAGAGUUUGCCAACAGUUUUGACAUCCCGGAAGACCAGUCAGGGGCACUGAAUGAGCUACUGAAACAGAAAUCCAAUGGCAUGAGUGGACCAUCGCUUGCUCCCUAUUACCCCCAUUUAACCACAAGCAGCUCGAGAGAUCAAGAGAUCAAGAGACCAACAGUUCUUACUAACUGCACACCUCCCAGCUUUCCUACAGGACCUCUGGAACCCUAUGAGCCCAUUAUUGACUCAGGCAUUGAAGUGGACAGCCGGAGCAGUGGAGACCCCCAACUGGAGACCACGAGUACAGUCUCCACUGUAUCCAGCAUCUCCACCUUAUCGUCAGAAGGAGGUGAGACCCUGGACACUUGCAUGGUCUAUGCAGACGGUCAGGCCUUUCUGGUGGACAGGGCACAGGUCCUACCCAAGCCCAAAGCCAAGUACGCCGUCAAUAAGAGCAACGCACUUUACAAGGACGCCUUAAAUGAGGAGACCAUAAGCUCUUUCAGGGUGCCCUCUUCAAUCCCCCCACCACCCCUGGGAACUGCCCCACCAGAGCCUCUAAAAACCCCAACACAAAGAACCUCAAAGCUUUGGGGGGAACCUCUGGAUCUGAAAAACCCCCAUGGACCAGAGACAAAACCCCAAGGCUUGACUGAAAUAAACUCUGUUCUGCAACAUGUCAGCAAAGACAAAGCACCAAAGCCCGGGGAAGCGCUAGACUCUCCCCCAGGAUGUAGAACUCACUUUGGAUUGAGAAAUCAGGACGGUGUGUCCCUCAUCUCAGGAACCCAGCCGAACCCCAGCGUGUCCUUCACCAAUCAGCCCGGCCCGAACGUGCCUGCGCCAUCGCCAUGCCGACAGGCUGAGAGCUUGCAUCACCAUCGCCAUCCCUCGAGCCCAAGCAUCACAUCUCCUCCUCCAAUUCUGAGUUGCUCCUCAUCAUCCUCCUCUCUACCUGCAGUGAGCACCACAUCCUCUGUACAGGGCCGAAGUCGCUCACCUUCGCCCCUCUCGUUCCUCCAGGCCGCCUCCGGCAAGCCAUUCGCCUCCAAGGCGGUGCUUUCGUGGACCAAACAGGACGUGGCUGACUGGCUGGAAAGCCUCAACCUGGCUGAGCACAGGGACGCCUUCCUGGAGAACGACAUAGAGGGCACACACCUGCCCAGCCUGCAGAAACAGGACCUAAUUGACCUGGGAGUGACGCGCGUCGGUCAUCGCAUGAACAUCGAGCGUGCACUCAAGCUGCUGCUCGACAGAUGAGACUGGGACAGUACAAGCCUUCUUUUGUUCUUGAGCUUCAUUUGUUCCUCGCUCUUUUUUGUUUUUUGUUUUUUUUGCUUGUUUUAAUACCUUGGGUUUUUUCCCUGUCAGCUGGAAAGGAUUUCUAGGGAACACUCACGUCCUGAAGAAAAGGUUCUGACAAGGUGUUAAACGUGUGCGCAAAGCACAAAGCUCUUUGUACAUGAAAGUUCCAGCCAGUGAUGGGCCACGACAAGCCAAACACGCUGUACAGUCCACACACACACACUAGAGCUCAUUGCUGUUUUUGGGUUUUACGGACUCAGGCCUCGUGUGAAUGAACUGAAGAACCAGCAGAGCUGGCCUUCCAUUUUCUAUCUUUGCUAAGACAAUUAUCCAGAGAAUAUUUCUUCAGCAAAAAGGGAAGGAUCAUCUGUGUAUUGGCUGAAAAGUCAUGCUUUUUUUUUCUUCCUUCAACAUAUUUGACCGGGAUGUACAUGGAUUUUUAAGAUGAGCGCAUUUGGUGUCAUGCUGUUCCUCAGUUCACAUGUUCACAACCGAAGCAUCUUCACCAGAAACAUGAAGGGCCACUUCCCUGUGUGUGUGUGUCGGUGUGUAUGUUGACAUGAUGAUUUUCCAUCUUUUUUGUGUUGGAUUGCAGUAAAACACAAGGUGUUUUUUCAGAAGGGGUCAAAAUCACUCAAGUCUUUCUGAAGUGUAAUAUCUACUGAUAUUGCGUGUCUUCCACAUUGUGAGGUUUGACUGCAUUCCUGCCAUUCGGUUUAGUUCCUUAAGUCCUACUAGACUAGACUGCUAUUUCCUCCACUAUUUUUAGAUCAUCUUCCAGCUGUUUUUCUUUGUGUUGCCAUUACAAUGCCUGACAAGUACUUGAUUAAAAUGGAUUAAGAGAGCAGAGAUGUUUAAAGUUUAGAGUAUUAUGCUUGAAAAUUUGAAGAGAUGCCUUUAGAGAAACACCCUUGAUGUUUCAGCACACAGCUGUUAGAUAGGAGUCUACACUUGAUCCAAUUACCAGAAUGUGUCUGUCUACUGGAGGCAACACUAUCAUAUAUAUACUUUCUGAAACUGUAAAACCGUCAGUGGUUUACUAGAUAUUUUAUAGUUGAUUUGUGAUUUGAAUGCAAGAGAGUGAGUCUUUUUUCCAGUAUGUUGCUUUAGGCAAUCUGUAACUGCACUGAAUCAUGUUUUUUUUUCUUUACCAGUUAUACAGUUUACAGAUUACUCAUCCCUACAGUGCUGCUUUGUUCUUACUUUUGUGUUUCGGGAUAAUCAUGACCUUUUUUGCCAUGGUGGGGAAAGUUUGCUUGAUUGUUGCUAACAUUUAUUUAUUUGGCAGAUUCAAAGUGAGGCAGAAUCCAAUCUAAGAAUUAAGCUGAGCAGUUAAAGGGUUAAAAAGCAACUCCAGUGACUUUCAUGAAAAAAAAAAAUGUCUUAAGCUCUAUUAUCUGAUAUUUUAUUGUUCCAGGCAUUGGCCUUGGACUCAAGGUGUGUGAUGUCAGCUUAUCCAGGGAGCGGGGCUUAUUCAUUCCCACAGUGUCAAAACACAUCUUUGUGCUGGUCGAUCAGACACAAACAUGCUCGUCAAUCCCACACUUUUAUUUUGUUUCAGUGGUUUACUGUAGGUAGAUUUUUUCCAGAAAGCCGCAAGUAUGCUUGGCAAUUGAGUGUAGCAUAUAGUAGUGUAAAAUUCCUUCAAACAUUCACAUUUGACAUCACCCAAAGUUCAGCAUUGGGAGUGAGCAGGCAGACACGAUCCUCACAGGACAAACAAAAGCUAUGUUCAUUAACAGCGGAUUGUGUUGGAGGUGGAGGGUUGUUAUUUUGGUUAGGGUCACUGGUUAUAUUUUAGGAAACUGAACUGAUCUAAGUUGAUUUGAAAAUAUCACCAACACGUACAGUGGGGUCAGAAAGUAAAAAUGCUUCUAUUUUGCAUUCUUUUGUAAUUUAAUACAAAAAUUUUCAUUACAAAUUAUAUCAUCAGCAAGAAUGUUUUUGAAACAUUUUACAAACCGUGUUAGCUCAAAUCCAUCAGUGUCUUCACUGGAAGAGAUAAGACUCAAGAAAAGUCUAAAAUCAAGAAAAACCUGUGUACAAAGAAGUUAACAUGUCAAUAACACAGACUUGCAUGACCUAGUGACCUAAAAAUAGUUCUGAAUGUUCAAUAUCCUGCACUAGUUUUAGGUCACUAGGUCAUGCAGGUUUGUGUUAUUGACAUGUUAACUCCUUUGUGGUCUACAUUCUACAAAUUUCUGCUCAAAAUUUGUGCUUUUAACAAAGGACAUUGUCUCAAAACAGUUUUACAGAAAUCCAGAUGUAGAUUUAGAUCCCUAACGAGCAAGUCAAAGGCGACAGUGGCAAGGAAAAACUCCCUGAGAUGACAUCGAGAGGACCCAGGCUCAAAAGGGAACCCAUCCUCUUCUGGGUGAUACCAAAUAGUGUGCUUAUUUUCAGUUUUAAAUGAAAAAAAAAAAUAUAUAUAUAUAUAUAUAUAUAUAUAUAUAUAUAUCAAAUAUACUGUAUGUAAUUGAUUUUUCAAUGUGGUUUCAGACUUUUAGACCCAACUGUAUAAAGAGAAAUAACUGCAGGAGGGGGCGGGAAUGGUCAGAAUUGGGAGCGGCAUUAAAAUAAAACAGUCCACACACACCUCUAGUGCAGGUCAAGCUUUUCAAUUCACACUGCCCACGACUCAUUCAUUGGAGCCCUUAGCUUCAUUUCUCCCUAUGAGUAAGUAGAUAUAUAGAGCAGAUUAUCUGUACUGGACCAUCACAUUAUUAUAAACAUGCAUUACUGCAUUAUGUGGAAUGAGCUUAGCGUGCAUGUUGGGCGUAGAAAGUGGUGGCAGUUACAAUGCUUCAGAGGUCUUUAAAGUUUAUCAUUCUCCUCAGCGCUUCAUCACCUCGCAUGUAAACAUGUGAAAGUAAAACGCGACAGAUAACACAGUGUGUGUUAGAGAGCCGGCAAACAAUUUCUGCCAGUAAGUGUUGUUGUGGGAACAAACAUAGCAGGUUUCAUAAAGUCGUCAUCAGCCCUGGAUAUUGAUACCAUCCUGACAGCAGGGCAGCCAGCAGCCGGUGACACAGAUGAUGUUUUAACAUGGGUGAGACAAACAGGAAACAAAACACUGGAGGUGCUCUUUAAGGACCUUUCUCAUAGGCUCAGUGUCUCUUGAAGUAGCACAGAACCUCAAACAAUGACUAGUGGUGCGCAAUACUGCAAUCAUAAAGUCAUAUCAGAAUUCUUGAUAAAUACUAACGAUGCAUGAUGUAUGGAAUAUUUUGUUUUGCUAACAAAGUGCCAGUAAAACAGUAUAGCUACUUAAAGGAAAACUCCACCCUGUAUGACUUGCAUAUUAAUCUUUAUAAUUAACAUGUGAUCUUCAGUGACAUCAAGUUCAUGUUUCAUCGACAUGUUGGUCCGUUUUCACUGUUUUCAUUUUCCUACGUGUCAUUAGUUGUGCAGUGGGAUUUACCCCUUGCUUUAUCUCUACCUAAAGAGAGUGAUGCAGCCGCACUUUAGUCCUUUAGUCUGUCCAGCUCUCACACCUUCUCAUCUGUACAAACUGUUCAGCUUCCAAAGCUUCAACUUUCAUGUUAAUACCACCAUUAUCGCCAUUGCGCUCAUCAUCCCAUAGAUCACUAACUAACUCAGAGCAACUGCGUCGUAUAGCUGCAUUGCAUUCUGGAACUUUGAGUCCAACGUUCACACCAACAUCGCCACUACUUUUGUUGGAUUUCUCUUUAAUACAACAUUCAACUUCGCUAGAAAAUGUUGAGUGAGAUAUUAAGCUUUUGCUCUUCUGUUUUUAAGAGCUAACAGUGAAACCUGACUGUUAUCAGCUAUGUUUGAGAUUUAUGUUUUGUUGAUUUUUUUUUUUUCUCCUAUUAAAGUGCGCAGAUGUCCCCCUGAAAUCCACGGACAUCCGCUAACUUCUCACAGGAAUAACGAAAACACAGCACCAGCCAACAAACUAGCCCCAGAAUCACUAAACACAUUGCAGGUAUUUCAGUAUAAAGAUAUUAAAUGUGUAUCAGGGUGGAGUUUUGCUUAAAGUAUGAACUAUAAACUUAUUUUUCUUAUUCAGCAAGGAGAAAAAAUGACCGAUAUGUCUAAUCAGCUCCUCGUUACUCUGCGUAGUUUGUCACUUUUGGUCAUUGAAUUAGAUUUGAUCUUGGGCACAUGAUGAUAAAUUAGUUUCAGCUACGCAUUAAUCAGAUGCUUUGUUUCAGUCACACAAACCUGUCUCAGAUGAGUUAUAAAUGAUUGUUAUUAUGAUUUUGCGUCUCCAGCAGAGUCAUGCAUUUCAUCUUUUAAGUUGUGUGUCCAGUGUUUAUGUGUGAACUGAGGGAGAGUAACAGAGGACGGUUAAACACACAGCGGUGUAAGUAUGCAGGUGAAAAAGUGCAGCAACGUGUUUGCUUAUCUCUACCUUAGAGGAGUUAGAGUUAUCGAUCAUCUCUAUAUAGCUUAUUUUAGGAGAAAAAAAAACAGCACAGUAUUUUAAAGAUUUAUAGAAAUAUCUGAGAUUUUUAUGACAUUUAACUGACUUGUGGUGUGCCAAAAAUUGAUGUGAUAUCGGUUAAGAAGCAAUACACUCUUAAGGGAAACUGUUUGGGUUUUUUUUUUGUUUUGUUUUGUUUUUUUGUUUUUUUUGGUUUUUGCCAGUAUUCCACGUACAGUAUAUCAAUGCUAUUUCAAUCAAUCAAGAAUUUAUAUAUAGGUCUCAGUGAAAUAGAAAAUAUUUAAAUAUUGAGCUAAUGGCUGUCACCUGCUUCUUUUAGAUCCUGUAAUUAAAAGAUGAAGUUAAAAUUUAGAUUUGUGUGGUGUGGAUAAUUUACAAAAGAGAAAUCACACACAUUGUGGCUUACACAGCGUGACACUCACCUGUGCAGCUUUAUAAUCUGAAAAUUACUUCUCCCCAGAUAGAAUUAUGACCAUAUAAAUCAUGUGUACAUGACAUUUUAUCUGAAACAAAGUAGUGAUGCAUCUAAGAGGUCUGACCUCAUUACAUUUGGACAUUACUCCUUAUUUUGAUUAUAUGCAAAGGAGCGUCACACACUUUGCAUUGAACGAUGUGAUUGUGCUGCAGAUCCUUUUAUUUAUUUUAGUCUAAAUGAUUAAGAUGAAAAAGAGAAGUUGAUGUGAGCAGACCUUUCCUCUAUAUUCUAAAUAUGUACGGAAAAAAACAUAAAGCAGGAAGAAAUAAAUAUACAAACUGAUGUGUAACGAAUGUGAAUGUGUGUUUCAUGUGAUGCAAGUUUUAGCUGACAGUAAACCCAUUCAGUAUUUUUUAAAAAUCUUUUAAUCCUCAAAGUGCUGACAUCUGAAGCUUCACCUGAAGUCAUUUUACUUUUCCAGAGUCCAGGUUUUUAUGCAAUGUAAUCCGUUCGGUUGAUGAGAAAUUGCACUACUGUUGUUCUCUGCUGCCCUCUGCUGUUUACAGCAUUGGUGGUUCAGUGGUAGAAU